CAGCUGGGCCAAUGAGCGGCGGCGGGAGGUGAAAUCCGGUUCUAACCGGUCCGGGGCUCCCAGCGCUAUAAAAACUUUAUAAACCCCCCGGAGCCCGAGCAGUGUGAAGAGGAAGAGGCGAGAACGACCCCCGGAUCGCCCAAAGCCGCGCGCCGCUGCAUCUCGUGUCCAGCGCCUGCGUCCCGCCGCCGUCGCCACCAUGCCCAAGAGAAAGGCUGAAGGGGAUGCUAAAGGUGAUAAAGCCAAGGUGAAGGACGAACCACAGAGAAGAUCUGCAAGGUUGUCUGCUAAACCCGCUCCUCCAAAGCCAGAGCCCAAGCCUAAAAAGGCCCCUGCAAAGAAGGGAGAGAAGGUACCCAAAGGGAAAAAGGGAAAAGCUGAUGCCGGCAAGGAUGGGAAUAACCCUGCAGAAAAUGGAGAUGCCAAAACAGACCAGGCACAAAAAGCUGAAGGUGCUGGAGAUGCCAAGUGAAGUGUGUGCAUUUUUGAUAACUGUGUACUUCUGGUGACUGUACAGUUUGAAAUACUAUUUUUUAUCAAGUUUUAUAAAAAUGCAGAAUUUUGUUUUACUUUUUUUUUUAAGCUAUGUUGUUAGCACACAGAACACUUCAUUGUUGUUUUGGGGGGAAGGAGCAUAUGUCAGUAGUACAAUGUCUCCAAAGCUGGAUUGGUGUGGGGAAAGCACCUUCCCCUGCUAGUUUUGAGAGACUUCCUCUUGACUCCCAGGAGGAGGGAUUCCCUGAUGUUGACACAUGUGGCCACCUUGGCAAAAAUGCCUUGUGGUAUGGGACAACUCCCAGUUCAUUCUAUGUCCUCCUUUCCUCUGCCAUCAGCAUAGACUUAACUCCCUUAAGCCCAGAGACCUCUUGGGACCUGAUUCCCAAAAUUGGUGUUACCAGUGUGUCAGGCAAUCUGGACUUGCCAGUAACGUUGAGAUGGUGUCCCACAAGAGCAAUUAUUUCCUUUUCUAGAUUGUGGAUCUUCAGAUUGAUAAUUCUGCCAUUUUCAUUUCCUGAAAGUCAGGGUCGGCUUGUGAAAAGUUGUUAAACAACAUGCUAAAUGUGAAAUGUCAACCCUCACUCUAAACUUUCCCUACUUCAGAGCCUCAAAUGAAGACUUCAUUGGAUUUUAUAGUGGCUUUCUGAUUUUUGGUAGUCCAUCCAAGAAGGGAGUUUGAAAGUUGUUGUAUACUGUUAACGAUUGUGUGCCCAUGUCCUGCCUGAAAUACCAUGAUUGUUUAUGAAAAGUAUCUUUAAUAAAGCUGGAUACAGUUUGGCUUGGAA